UCCAGUGAAAGCCCCAAAACCUGUAUUUCCUUUCUCAACCCUCACAAGUCUGCCUCUUCUGCCCCUGAAAUUCCCAAUCUUCCACCACUCUCUCCUCUUCUCUUCCAUACCCUUCUCUUUCUUUUUCCGAUUUUCUCCACUCUCACUUACCCGCCAUUCUUUUCCAUUUCAAAUUAUAGUUGCUUCUUCGUUCUAUUCCGUUUAACCUCAAUUCCACCACCCCCUAGUUCAUGUCCCUGAUCCCGCUCUUCCUCCCCCUCAUUUCCGACCCAACUUUUUAUUUUCGACCUUCCUGAACCACUUCCCCUCACUCUCUCUAUAUGUUGUUUGAUCCGUUUUAGUCUGCUUCUCUGGGGCUCACUCGUGUUCUCCUCAGGCAUGCUGUGAUAUUGCUGGCAAAGCAGUACUAUACACCAGUCGAUUUCUCGGGAGACAGUGGAGCUAUUUUCAAUAUUGCGGUACUUUGGUAUAUUGACGCUGGUCUUUUGGAAUGGCUAACCAUGAGUUGAUACUUGGUCAAAAUCAUAAUUUAGCUCUUGGGCAGAAUCAGCAGAUGGUGUUGGGCCACAAUCACAACCUUGACCUUGGCCAGAAUCAUGGUUUGGAAGUUGGACAAGCACAUGAUCAUCAUUUGGGUUUAAAUCAGUCCCAUGAUCAUGAGUUGGGCUUAGGGCAUGGCCAUGACCAUGACCAUGACCAUGACCAUGACCAUGAGUUGGACAUAGGACAGAAUCAUGACCAAGAAGGGAAUGAUGGUCACAAUUAUGGGCAUGAAAACGAGUUAGGUAUGGAUCGGAAACCUGAACAUGAAGACCAUGGAUUAGCUGUUACUGCUCAGAAUCAUGAGUUGGCCCUUUCUGCUCAGAACCAUGAGUUGGCUCUUACUGCUCAGAAUCAUGAAUUGUCUUUAUCAGAUAACAAUGAGUUGGUUGUCUCAGAAAACCAAGAACUUGACGACAACCUGGAAUUAGCUGUGGAUCAUAGUCAAGAAUUGGCUAUUGAGCCUCAUGAUAUUUCUAUGGAGGACUCCCAGCUAGUUCCUACAACUCCUGUGAUUCAGGCCCGUAUGAUUGUUGCAAAUCCUACUUAUGAGCUAUCAGUCGGGCAAGAGUUCCCAGAUGUCAAGAGCUGCCGCAGGGCUUUGAGAGACACGGCAAUUGCUCUGCACUUUGAGAUGCAGACAAUAAAAUCUGACAAGACACGAUUUACUGCCAAAUGUGCCAGUGAGGGAUGUCCCUGGCGCAUUCACGCUGCAAAGCUCCCAGGAGUUCCGACUUUCACUAUCAGAACCAUCCAAGAGUCUCAUUCAUGUGGUGGCAUUGCUCAUCUUGGCCAUCAGCAAGCCUCAGUUCAGUGGGUUGCAAACUCUGUGGAGCAACGGCUCAAGGAGAAUCCUAAUUACAAGCCAAAGGAGAUACUAGAGGAGAUCCACCGGGUCCAUGGUAUUACCUUAUCCUAUAAGCAAGCCUGGCGAGGCAAGGAACGCAUAAUGGCUGCUAUGCGUGGAUCUUUUGAAGAAGGGUACCGGUUGCUUCCUCAAUAUUGUGAACAGGUCAAAAGGACAAACCCAGGGAGUAUUGCAUCUGUUUAUGGGAAUCAAAUUGAUAGCUGCUUCCAGCGUCUAUUCAUAUCAUUUCAGGCAUCAAUUUAUGGAUUUCUAAAUGCUUGCCGACCACUCCUUGGGCUUGAUAGGACGUAUUUGAAAAGUAAAUAUCUGGGUACAUUGCUUCUUGCUACUGGUUUUGAUGGUGAUGGCGCGCUGUUCCCUCUAGCGUUUGGGGUUGUUGAUGAAGAAAAUGAGGAAAAUUGGAUGUGGUUUCUCUCUGAACUUCGGAAUUUGCUUGAGAUCAAUACGGAAAACAUGCCCAGGCUUACAAUCUUGUCAGACAGGGUGAAGUGCAUUGUAGAUGGGGUGGAAGCAAAUUUUCCGACUGCUUUUCACGGAUUUUGCAUGCGUCACUUGAGUGACAGCUUUCGCAAGGAGUUUAACAAUACAAUUCUUGUUAACCUUUUAUGGGAAGCAGCUCACGCCCUCACGGUCAUUGAAUUUGAAGCAAAAAUUUUAGAGAUCGAAGAAAUAUCACAAGAUGCUGCAUACUGGAUUAGACGAAUUCCACCUCGCUUAUGGGCUACAGCUUAUUUUGAGGGGACGCGAUUUGGGCAUUUGACAGCUAAUAUAGUUGAGUCUUUGAAUACCUGGAUUUUGGAGGCAUCUGGGCUUCCUAUAAUCCAGAUGAUGGAAUGCAUUAGAAGGCAAUUGAUGACUUGGUUUAAUGAACGCCGAGAGACUAGUAUGCAGUGGACGUCAAUACUUGUGCCGUCUGCAGAGAGGCGUGUUGCGGAGGCACUUGAGCGUGCGCGUACAUAUCAGGUGCUUCGGGCUAAUGAAGCUGAAUUUGAAGUCAUAUCUCACGAGGGAACAAAUAUUGUUGACAUUCGGAACCGAUGCUGCCUUUGCCGGGGCUGGCAGCUGUAUGGUUUGCCUUGUGCGCAUGCUGUGGCAGCACUACUCUCCUGUAGGCAAAAUGUUCACCGAUUCACAGAGAGCUGUUUUACAGUGGCAACUUAUCGAAAGACAUAUUCACAGACAAUACAUCCCAUUCCAGAUAAAUCCCUCUGGAAGGAGUUAACUGAUGGAGACCCCAAUUCCAACAAAGCUAUUGAGGUUUUAAUUAACCCACCCAAGUCACUUCGGCCUCCUGGACGGCCAAGAAAGAAACGAGUUCGAGCAGAAGACCGUGGCCGCGUGAAGCGAGUAGUGCAUUGCAGUCGCUGCAAUCAGACGGGGCACUUCAGAACAACAUGCGCGGCUCCCAUAUAAAUUGGCUCUUUCCACAAUUAGGUUGCUGCUUUUGAUUAGCCUAAAUAUCUUCUGUGAAGAAUUCUGGCUUUGUGAUUAUCUAUUUAGUUGUUCUUAGUCAGAAUUGUUAAGUUAAUCUUAUAUUUGUUAGACAAUUAUGUCAAGUAAGAUAAUUAUAUGCUAUCAUAUGUGAAUGUUCACGCCAAUAAACCCAUGUUAAGAAGGAAUACAAGUCGAGCUUUAGAAA